UUAUGCACCAGUCAGCAGAGCUGUGCAGGCAUACGGGUUUUAUCAGCGGUCAUGUGACCAACACUCAGCCAUCUUGUCGAAAACGAAGAGAGUUAGAGAGAGAGAGAGAGAGAGAGAGAGCCACACAACUCGCAUACAAACCUUGUGCUGUCAGAACAAGUCGAGAACUUCAAGGAAGAAUGGCCGAAACCCAGACACUUAACUUUGGACCAGAAUGGCUCCGUGCCUUGUCUGGAGGUGGUGGUGCCGGUGCCGGUGCCGGUGCUGGUGGAGGUGGAGGUGGAGGAGGUGGCUGCGGGGUCUCCUCUCCACCCCUCUCACCUGCAUUGCCAAAGUAUAAACUUGCAGACUAUCGCUACGGGAGAGAAGAAAUGUUAGCACUUUAUGUAAAGGAUAACAAGAUCCCUAUAGACCUACACGAUAAGGAGUUCCUGCCCAUAUUGCAAGAGGAGCCCUUGCCGCCUCUGGCACUCGUGUCUUUUACAGAGGAGGAACAGAGAAAUUUUUCCAUGUCUGUAAACAGUUCAGCUGUACUUCGGCUGACAGGGCGAGGAGGCGGUCCGAUAGUAGGGGCACCAAGAGGCCGAAGUACCUCAAGGGGUAGAGGCCGGGGAAGAGGAGACGGAGGAUUUUACCAAAGAAGUUUUGAUGAUGUGGAAGGUUUUGGUCGUGGAGCGAGGGAGAUGCAUCGUUCCCAAAGCUGGGAAGAAAGGGGAGAGAGAAGGUUUGAAAAGCCAGGUCGAAAAGACCCAGUAGAAGUUGCCCCAGGACACUUUCCGAUGAAUCACAUCCGAGGCAACUAUGAGGAUGGUGUAACAGGCCUACCGAGGAAGCACGAUUUCACGCGUUCAGAGAGUGAGAACUGGCGUUCUGCUCAGAAUGCAGGGUGGCGGGAACUCCAAGACCAGCGUCGUCGUUUCCCAUUCGAUGCAAGAGAAGACGAGCGUGGCUACAGGAGACCACGGUCAGGAAGCGGCAGCUUGGAUGACGAGAGGGACAGCCUGCCAGAGUGGUGUCUGGAGGAUGCAGACGAGGAGGCCGGCACUUUUGACUCAUCGGGGGCCUUUCUCUCACUUAAGAAAGCCUCCAAGGAGCCAAUCCUGGAGGAGGGAGAGCUGGACUUCAAACCCUUGGAAGAGUGUGAAGAGGGUCUGGAGGAAGACAACUGUCAGUCCAGACAGAUCAAAGAAAUGGAAGCAGAGGCCAAGAGAGAGGCCGAACGAAAAGAGUUCUCGAGAGCAUCAGAGGAGGCCUUACCUGUGGCUCCACCUCUUGCUCCCCCUGUCUCAGAGUCCCAGGUUUCUGCCCACUCUCUGUCACUGAGCCAGCCCAACAGAACAGAACAGUCCGACAGGCCAGUUGAGCGGCAGCCCCCCACGGAGCUCCCACCAGAGCCCCGCAAAGUCCCCAUGCACGUCCCCAUGUCUAACAGCAUGCUCGAGUCCCUACCCAUGAACCACAUGAACCACAUGAACCACAUGAACCACACAACCCUUGCAGAAGUAUCUGCUCCAUCGCCCAGCGUCCAGCUACCGCAAAAGCCUAUGGAGGUUCCUGUGGCAAUGAACAAUCCUUUGCCCUUCCCUUCAAGUAUGAUGGCACCUAUUGGCAGGCCCACUGCUGUGCCACAUGACACGGAUGAAGAUGAAGGACUGAAACACUUUGAGCAGGAGGCAGAAAAGAUGGUAGCAUACCUACAGGAUAGUGUGGUGGAUGAUGACAGACUUACAGCAAAGACUUCAGAGAAGCCCAAACCUGCAGGCCUGGCACUCACCCAUGAGGCUGCUCUCAAGUGGUUCUACAAAGACCCACAAGGGGAGAUCCAGGGUCCAUUCAGUAACCAGGAGAUGGCUGAGUGGUUCCAGGCUGGUUACUUCACAAUGUCUCUCUUAGUCAAAAGAGGCUGCGACGAAGUAUUUCAAGCGCUUGGAGAGAUCAUGAAGAUAUGGGGGAGGGUACCGUUCACCCCAGGCCCUGCACCACCACCUCUACAGGGGGAUGGUGAUCAAGAGAGGUUGAAAAGGCAGCAAGAGCUCACUGCUCUCAACCUUUACCAGCUACAGCAGCUCCAAUAUCAAUACCUCCUCAGGCAGCAGUAUGCUCAGGCCCUGGCCCAGCAGAAAGCUGCAGCUCUUAGCUCAGCUCCUAUUCAACAGCAGCAGCAACACCAACAGCAGAUCAACUUGCUUCUACAGCAAUACCAGGCUCUCAAGCUAAGAGCAUCUGAUAGCCUCCUACCUCCUGUUACCCGGUCCCUGUCUGUACCAGACUCUGGUUCUGUGUGGGAAAUGCAGAACCCGUCCUCUCAGGCUUCCUGCACACCAAACGUACAACAAGCUGCUCCAAACACGUGGGAAAGCAGCAGCGUGUGGGAUUUACCUAUAGACUCCAUGGCACAGGCUCCAACCAUCGAGCAGAUGCAACAGAUAGAGAAGUCAAAGUCUGCAAAGGUGGAGUUGGAGAGGCGUGAGGCAGAAAUGAGAGCCAAAAGGGAGGAAGAGGAGAGGAAACGCCUGGAGGAGGCCUUGAGGGCUCGACAGGAGGAGGAACGAAAACGCCUGGAAGAAGAGGAUCUGGCACGGCAAAAACAGGAGGAAGCAUUAAGAAGGCAGCAAGAGCUAGAAGAGGCACAGCGCAGACAAAAGGAGGAAGAGGAGAGAAUGGCACAAGAGGAAGCUCUCCGUCGAUUAGAGGAGAGGCGGAGGGAAGAGGAAGAGAGAAAUAAACGGGAAGAGUUCCUUCGCAAACAGGAAGAGGAGCGCAGGAAGCAAGAAGAACUUGAAGCAUUGAGGAGGCGAGAGGAGGAGAAGCGAGCAGAGGAGGAGGCAGCAGCUGCUGCAGCGGCAGCUGCUCUGGCCCAACAACUGGAGGAGCAGAAGAGGAGAGAGCAGGAGGUCCAAAGGCAGCAGGAGCUACAGAGACAGAGGCAGCAGCAACAAGAGGCCCUCAGGAGACUUCAACAACAGCAGCAGCAGCAGCAGCAGCUCGCACAAAUGAAGCUACCAUCCUCUUCAAAGUGGGGCCAGCAGUCGGUCAACUCUAUAAACCAGACCCAGAGCGCCCUGUCAAUGGCUGAGAUCCAGAAACUGGAAGAGGAGAGAGAACGACAGACCCGGGAGGAGCAGCGACGUCAGCAGCAAGAGCUCCUGAAACUACAGCAGCAGCAGGCCUUACAACUGGCUCAGCAGCCUCAGGCCAAGCUGUCCGGUUGGGGAAGUGUGGCCAAACAGCCAGCUGCUACCAAAUCUUUGCUGGAGAUUCAAAGGGAAGAAGCCCAGCAGAUGAAACAACGGAAGGAGCAACAGCAGCAGCAGCAGCAGCAGCAGCAGCAGCAGCAGCAACAACAACAACAACAACAACAGCAGCCACAACAGCAGCUGCAGCCGCAGCCGCAGCCACAGCCACAACAGCAGCAACCGCACUCCAUUGUUACCCAACAGACCCGCACUCAAAACAGGACUACGUCGUCUCUGAGUAACUCGGUGUGGGGGUCUGUGAACACCAGCGUGUGCGCUAAUUGGGGCUCCGACUCCAGCAGUAUCUGGGGCGACACCCACAACUCUAACAUGGGCUUCUGGGAUGAGGCGGUGAAAGAAGCUGUUCAGCAACCUCCUCCAACAAAGAAAAGCAGCACGCAGAAGAACAACAAAGGCAAUGCCAACCUCAGUAACUCUGUGAGUGGGCGGGCCAAUAAGAAAGCAGAAGAGGAGGAAAAACUGCUAAAGUUGUUUCAAGGGGUCAAUAAGAGCCAGCAGGACACCUUCAUGCAAUGGUGUGAGCAAACUCUGCACACCCUCAACACGGCCAACAAUCUGGAUGUUCCAACGUUCGCAUCCUUCCUGAAAGAAGUGGACUCUCCAUACGAGGUGCACGACUAUGUCCGGGCCUAUCUGGGGGACACUCCCGAGGCCAAGGACUUUGCCAAGCAGUUCCUGGAACGUCGUGCCAAACAGAACGCUAACCAACAGAAACCGGCACCGCAGAACCAACAGCAGACCCUCAAGCAGCAGCAGCAGCAGCAGGAUUCUGUAUGGGGUGGAACAGGAUCUUCAUCACUCUAUCAGUCCAACCACACUAGUGGCCAGCAGCAGCAGCAGCGCUUUGAGACGGUCACCUCAGGGAAGAAGAAAAAGAAGCAGAAGAUGGUCCGCGCAGACCCCAGCCUUCUAGGUUUCUCUGUGAAUGCGUCAUCUGAGAGAUUGAAUAUGGGAGAGAUUGAGACUUUGGAGGACUUUUAAGGGACUGUGGCCAAGCAACACCACUGACUGUAUCCGAUUUGAACAGCAGCUGUUUUACCUGAACCCCCCCUGUGGCGGCCCCCCAAACUGCUUCCACAACUUUCGACUUUAUUUUCAGUUCCACAUUUAUCAGACAUACUCUGGUAAUCUCUCAUAAAUUUCUAAAUUAGGAACAAACUGUGAUCUCUGAGGCAGGGUGUGUUUUCUUUUUGCUUACGGACCUUUAUUCUGAUGAAGACCCUCAGGAGAAGUGGACUGGAGCAAACUGGCCAGUGAAACAUCCGACCAGCCAAUAGAGAGCAAUCACCAAAUUAACUCAAGUUUCUGGAGAGGUCUGCAGAGGUGUCGAUGUCUGCUGGGCAUCAGCUGCUUGGCCAUGACUCGUGUCCUGAAAUUCAGUGACAACAAAUCAUUCAAAUUUGGCCCUCUAUUCUAUGGGAUGUUUUAAGUGUGGAUAUACGGGUGGGGUGGUUGGAGUAUUAUGGGAAAAGGUUAGAGAUUAUAUCCAUUGUUUUUGUUUUAUUUAUUGAAAGUUUUCCCCCAAUGCUAUGUUCACACUACGAGCAACCAAAACGGCUACAAUGUGGUCGAGUCUUUUAAGUUUUCUCAGGUGCUUGUUGACGUAGUUAUGUCCUUAAACAGCACUGGGAACUGGCUAAUGGCAUUUAUUGUUGUCGUUGGAACAGAACAGGGUGAAACAAAACCAUAUGAUUGGUUGACGCUUAACCAAGUCAUCGGAGCGCCAAAAAAAUGUUCAGACCAACUCCCCCUUGAUACGUAGUGUGUCGGGCAUCAGUUUGUAGCUUCAUGUCACCGGCUUCCGUUGAAAAUGGUAGAAUGUUGCUGUGAUGCUCGUAGUGUGAACGCAGCAAUACACUUAAACCCCCCCAUUCCUCUUCCGUUUACUGCUGGGUGUUCAUGGAUAAUGGCGGCAAAGUAGAGCCCAAGGAUUCGUGGCCACUUAUGUCCUGUUUUAAGGACAUAUCAAAAGUUCCAAGUAGUUAUCUAUUUCUUGUAAAAUAUUAGGCUGUUUAAAGAAUAAACUUUCAAUUCUGCAUCUGUAUUAUAAUAUAUGAAAAUGAUCUGAUGGAGUCAUACUUUUUUUAUUGCAGUAUGAAAUAAUAAAACAGUCUGGUGUGUCGGCUGUUCACACCUGUGUCUGAACUAUUAAGACAAACUACAAAUAUGCAUACGUCAUUUGAUUCACAAGCAUUCA